UCGUGAAUCUGUCACUCAAAUUGUGGCGCAUUGACUGGUUGCAUGCGCGGUCGUGCAGGGAUACAAAGUUACCUAGCUCAAAAAAAGAAGUGCUUUUUGUCUUUAAUGUAAUACAUUUGGAUUUGUUUAACUUCAACUGUUUGUGAAAGUAACUGACACGAGUCUUAGAUAAAGCUAAGAGUAAUGGCCAACUGGGGAAAUUACUUUCCAAACGAAGACGAUGUGGAUGAGCAGGAUGAAGAAGAGUCUGGAGGCGAUUACAAAAGCAGCGGUCGUGACAGCCUGGUGUUUUUAGUUGAUGCAUCCAAAGAGAUGUUCAUCAAAGGUGAGGAUGGAGGGCCAUCAAAUUUUGACAUGACUAUGCAGUGUGUGCGCAGUGUGUACACUAGUAAGAUCAUAAGCAGUGACAGAGACCUGGUUGCUUUGGUGUUUUAUGGGACUGAGCAGAGCAAGAACCCCAGAAACUCCUUCAAGCAUGUUUACGUCUACCACGACUUGGAGUCCCCUGGAGCUCAACGUGUACAGGAUAUUGAUAAACUGAAGGGUGAGAAAGGUGGUCAGUUUGCUGAAAAGACCAUGGGCAGUGGGGAAACUUCUCUUGGAGAGGCUCUGUGGUGCUGUUCCAACCUUUACAGUGACAUCAAGUUGCGACUGUCACACAAGCGCCUCAUGAUAUUCACAUGCAGGGAUGAGCCUCAUGGAGGAGACAGUGCAAAAGAUAGACAGGCUCGUACAAAGGCUGCUGACCUAAAAGAGACAGGUGUAGUCAUUGACUUGAUGCACCUCUCGAAGCCUGGAGGGUUUGAUGUUUCCCUGUUUUUUUGCGAUAUUGUAAGUCCUCCAGAAGAUGAAAGUGAGCUUGGCCUUCAGAUUGAGCCCUGCAGAAAACUGGAGGACCUGCAGAAGAGAGUCAGAGCAAAAGAGUUAAAGAAAAGAGCUCAAUGCAGGUUAACGUUCUCCCUCGGAGAAGGUGUCGACCUGGCCGUCGGCGUAUACGUGUUGGCAAGGACUGCUAUGAAGCCUUCUGCUGUCAAACUUUACAGAGAUAAUAAUGAACCUGUACGGACUAAAACCCGUCUCUUCCACACUCAAACUGGUGGCAUUCUUUUGCCAAAUGAUACAAAGAGAGCACAGGUUUAUGGGCAGAAGCAGAUUGUGAUGGAAAAGGAUGAGGUGGAUGAGAUAAAGAAGUUUGAUGAUCCAGGAUUGGUGCUGAUUGGAUUUAAACCCAUAGAUCGCCUCAAACUGCACCAUCAUUUACGACCUGCUCUCUUCAUAUACCCUGAGGAGGAGCAGAUAUCAGGCAGCUCCUGUAUGUUCACAGCUCUGCUUUUGAAGUGCUGUGACAAAAACGUAUUUGCAUUGUGCAAAUACAUCCCUCGUCGUAACACUCCACCUCGGUUUGUGGCACUAGUGCCCCAGAGAGAAGAACUGGAUCAGAGUCAAACCCAGGCAACACCUCCAGGCUUCCAUGCGAUUUAUCUUCCCUUUGCUGAUGACAUACGCACUGUGGAUCCUCACGUUGGUCCCACAGCCUCAGAUGAGCAGGUAGACAAAAUGAAAGAGAUCGUACACAAGCUCCGCUUUAGAUACAGGAGUGAUGCAUUUGAAAACCCAGUGCUGCAACAACAUUACAGUAAUCUGGAGGCUUUGGCUCUGGAUAUGCUUUCACCUGAACCCAUUGAGGAUUUGACAAUGCCAAAGGUAAAAAUGAUGGACGAUCGGCUUGGUCCGCUGGUUCAAGAGUUCAAAGAUUUGGUCUAUCCUCCUGAUUAUAACCCAGAAGUGAAACCGUCAGCUAAACGCAAACCUGCUGAAUCUGGUGGCGGUGCUGCUGAAAAGAAGCCAAAAGUUGAGAUUUCUGAAGAAGAGCUGAAAAAUCAUGUGGCAAAAGGCACCUUGGGUAAACUGACAGUGCCUGUACUAAAAGAUGCAUGCAAACAGUUUAAUAUACGUACAACAGGAACCAAGAAACAGGAGCUCAUAGAUGCCCUGACCAUGCAGCUCUCUAAAUGAGCUAAUGUUAUUAAAGCAUUGCUUGACACCUUGAUUACAUACUUGUUUAAACAAUGAACGCAGAAUAUUUUGUAUGUUCACAAUACAUCUUUUAAGAGACUCAUUCUAUCAGUCUGUCUUGUCUGGUGUCACAUAAUUCUGCUCAGCAUUGUGACUGUUGUCAUGGAUUUAAUAAAUGCUUGAAUUUUGUAGUUUUGAUGA